AUGGAAACUCGAGAUGAACUCGAGAAAUCUGGUGAUGGGGCGCUUCUUUCUGACAACUUUUCACCAUCAGACUUUAUUCGCGACCGGUUGAAAGGCGUUCGAACUGGGGAUGAAACGAAAAAACUGCACGCCCUCCGGACUGAAAUGAACGCGAUGAACCAUGCGUCUCAAGAGAUGCUCAAGAACAACGUUUUCCAAAACUACCAGCAAUUUAUCGAUGCGUCUAAGGAAAUCUCGCAUCUUGAGCAGGAGAUCUAUCAGCUCUCAUCGCUCCUGCUCGAUCAAAAACAGCUCAUUGAAAACCUUAUGCAAAUGACAGGAGACGAUAAGUCAUCAAUCCAAACGGCAUCUAGUCAUACAGCAUCUAUUACUUCUAUUACUCCCAUUCAAGUUCUCAUGCAAAAGAUGGAUGGAAUAGCGAGUAUUCUGAACAAUAUGCGGAGUACGGACAAAGUUUUACUCUACGGUGAAAUGAUGCUGUUGGAUCCUGAAACAAAGGAGGACAUUCAUAGGGCGAUGCUUGUGCUUCUCACCGAUCGAUUAUUGAUAGGAAACAUUACUCCUUCAGGGAAAUAUAGUCUGGAGUCUACGUUUUCGCUGAGUAAUCUGGCAGUUGUCAAUGUCAAAGAUAGAGAGAGUGGACCGGCCAAAGCUGAUCAGUUGCUGAAGCUGCUUGUGUUCCCUGAGCAGAGGUAUUACCGUUGUGAUAGUGCUCGUGUCAAGAAGAUGUGGCUCGAUGAGCUUGAAAGAGCGAAACGGGAUAUUUUACACGAAGGCAUUUUAGUUAGGCAGUCGACAAUUCGAGGCAAAAGGAUAUCAGUACAGGAGCGUGCCAAGCGGGCCGAGGAUACCCCAUCUAAACAAAACUCGCUCCCAGAGACCGAAGAGGGAGAAGUUAAUCAAGAGGAGAUGGCGUGGCUUCAAGAGUUACCAGCAGAGUUAGACGACUGUAUUGCACAUAGGGACCUUGAUCAAGCUGUAGAACUUAUCCAUGAGUGGAAACAGUGCACUACAAAGGAUCCUAAUAUAGACGCUCAGAUGAAAAUUAGGGAGAAUCAGAUUGUGCAACUACUGAGCGAUGACGUCCGACGUCCAGGUGCUGUACAUGGUGGUCCUCGUGCAAUGAAGAAAGCUCGAACACUUUUAUCGCAGCUAGGAAGAGGAACUUACGCAAUGGACCUCUACCUUCGCCGUCGCAGUGCGCUGCAACGAGCUGCUGUCAAAGAUAUAGCGGUAUCCGAAGAACCCUUGUCCUAUGUUCGACAGCUUUGCACGUUAUUUUCUGCAGCAGUCACUGAUGUGGCUAGCGAGUUCCAUUCACAACCCCAAUAUUAUUGUCAGGUCCUGCAAUGGUGUUCAGGAGAGCUCAGCAUCUUACUUUCAUUGGUACGACGUCAUGUUAUAGAGGUUGCUCCAGCAAUGACUGUCCUAGCGUUCACUUGGGGAAUCCUGAUGAAAACUAUGGACGAGCUCACUUCUAUGGGUGUGCAGCUGACUUUUGAGGUGCAUCGGCUUCUGGCUCCUGCUUUGGAGGCUGCUAUUGAGACUAAUUUCAACAACAUUAUGCAUGGCGUCAAGCUGCGAAUGGCUGAAGAACGGUGGCGUCCAUACGUACUGGAAUCCGAUUCUGCUCUCACUCGACUGGUUGAAGAAUUGUCAGAUGUUGGUCUGAAUAUAGACUGGACUGUGGCAGCAGACAGUCGUGCAGCCGUUUUGCUUUCACCGCACGCUAUUCAUUUUGCACGUGUAGCGCAUUCGCUUGCCAGGGAUUUGGGGCCUCUUAGACGAUCACCCGCGCGUUCGUCAUGUGAUCGUUGCACAAAUGAGCUUUGGAAUGAGUAUCUUCGCCAUUUGUCUUCUUCAAUAUGUGAUAGCACUGUAUAUGCUUAUACUGCUACUUUUGUACUCACUCAGGUUUUGCCCCUUUGUGAAUCGGUGUUAUACCAAGAUGAUGAACAGAAUGAUGUGUUGACCCGACUUUUAGCCGACAACUAUCCGAAACUCGUUCCUUACGCGAAGGACAGCGAAGAGGAGGCUAUAGAGGAGGAAGAGGAAGUAGCCCAUAUUUAG